UCCUGAUCUCUCUCUCUCUACUCUCUCUCUCUUACUCUUUGACGGUGCUAUGGCGGGGAUUAGAGUAACUAUGGAGGUAGGUAACGAUGGCGUAGCAGUGAUCACCAUCUGUAAUCCGCCUGUUAAUGCUUUAGCAAUUCCAAUUAUUGCUGGCUUGAAGGAGAAAUUUGCUGAAGCUACUAGAAGAGACGACGUUAGAGCUAUUGUUUUGACCGGUUAUAAUGGUAGAUUUUCUGGCGGUUUUGAUAUCAAUGUAUUCGAAAAGGUUCACAGGACUGGGGAUAAGUCGAUCUUACCUGAUGUUUCAGUUGAUCUCGUGGUUAAUACCAUGGAAGAUUGUAAGAAGCCAAUUGUUGCUGCCAUAAGUGGACUUGCACUUGGAGGUGGUUUAGAGCUGGCUAUGGGUUGUCAUGCACGUAUUGCUGCUUCAAAAGCUCAACUCGGUUUGCCAGAAUUAUCACUUGGAAUUAUUCCUGGUUUUGGUGGAACACAACGACUUCCCAGGCUUAUAGGACUGUCCAAGGCAAUAGAAGUGAUGACGUUGUCAAAACCAAUAACAUCUGAGGAAGGAGAGAAGCUGGGGCUAAUUGAUGCCAUUGCUCCCCCUGGAGACUUGAUGAGUUUCUCUCGGAGAUGGGCUUUGGAUAUAGUAGAAAGACGAAAGCCAUGGAUAAAAUCUCUUCACAGGACAGACAGGAUUGGUUCCUUGUCAGAAGCACGUGAGAUAAUAAAAGCAGCUAGGUUACAAUCCAAAAGGACUGCUCCUAAUAUGCCUCAGAACCAGGCAUGCCUUGACGUAAUUGAAACUGGCAUUAUUCAUGGAGGAUAUGAAGGUGUCCUGAAGGAGGCCAAAGUUUUUAAAGAUCUUGUCUUGGAAGACACUUCAAAAGGACUUGUUCAUGUUUUCUUUUCCCAGCGUGCUACAGCAAAGGUACCUAAUGUUACUGAUAUCGGGCUCAAGCCAAGGCCAUUAGAAAAGGUUGCUGUCAUUGGUGGAGGUCUUAUGGGUUCUGGGAUUGCUACAGCUCUUAUCCUUAAUAAUAUACAUGUUGUUCUCAAAGAAGUUAACUCUGAAUAUCUGAAUAGAGGCCUCAAAACGAUUGAAGCAAAUGUCAAAAGCUUGGUGACCAAAAAGAAGCUCACACAAGAGAAAGCAGUUAAAACCCUUACGUUGCUUAAGGGUGCAUUGGACUAUUCAGAUUUUAAAGAUGUGGACAUGGUCAUAGAGGCUGUUGUUGAAAACAUUCCACUGAAACCAAUUUUCAAAGAGCUCGAGGGUGUUUGCCCUUCUCAUUGUAUUCUGGCAUCAAAUACGUCUACUAUUGAUCUCAAUUUAAUUGGUGAAAAGACCCAUUCUCAAGAUCGAAUCAUAGGGGCCCACUUUUUCAGUCCUGCUCAUAUUAUGCCUCUAUUGGAGAUUGUGCGAACAGAGAAAACAUCUGCCCAAGUUAUCCUCGAUCUCAUGGCUGUAGGGAAGAUCAUAAAGAAAGUUCCCGUUGUAGUGGGGAAUUGCACCGGUUUUGCUGUCAAUCGAACCUUCUUCCCCUACACUCAGGGCGCUCACAUAUUAGUCAAUUUGGGUGUAGAUGUUUUCAGAAUCGAUAAUCUCAUAACCAGUUUUGGCUUGCCCAUGGGCCCUUUCCAGUUACAGGACUUGGCUGGAUAUGGAGUGGCACAGGCUGUUGGAAAGCAAUUUGCUACUGCUUUUUCAGAUCGAACCUUUCAUUCUCCCUUGGUUCAACUUCUGUUGGACGAUGGACGAAAUGGGAAAAAUAACGGGAAAGGUUACUACUUGUAUGAAAGGGGAACCAAGCCAAAGCCUGAUCUUUCGGUUCUUCCAAUUAUUGAGCAGUCUAGAAAGAUUACCAAACUUAUGCCCGGAGGAAAGCCUAUAUCUGUGAGCGAUAAAGAAAUAGUUGAGAUGAUUCUCUUCCCCGUGGUUAAUGAGGCAUGCCGUGUAUUGGAUGAGGGAGUAGUAGUUAGAGCAUCUGAUCUCGACACUGCAUCUGUUCUUGGAAUGAGUUUUCCUUCUUUCCGAGGUGGUAUUGUGUUUUGGGGUGACAAUGUCGGGGCUAAACAUAUAUACGAGAGUCUUAAGAAGUGGACGGAAUUGUAUGGAAACUUCUACAAGCCUUCGAGAUAUUUGGAAGAAAGAGCUACAAGAGGCUUACCAUUGAGUGCGCCUGCAGCAAGGUCUCCAGCUUCGAGUUCUCGACUUUAGACAACAGAUUCAGUUCUUUGUUUUGUUUUCUGUUUGUUUAGAGCAUGGAUUGAAAUAAACAAGCUUAAGAAAUAAGUUGUAACAGUAAAGCUUUUUCUGGAUUGUUUUUUUUUUUAAUUUAUAUUAUAUGAUCAUAUAAGAAGACGUCUUUUGAUUUUGGUGAUGAA